UCAAACACGCUAUAUCACUCGUUUUUCAAGAGGAGAAUUUGUACCCUCUAGAAAACAGAUUAUGUCUGUUUUUUGUAGCUGCAAUACUGAACUGGUGCGAUAUAUUGAAGUGAGACAAACAUAUGUUUUCUCACUCUAACUUAUCUUUAUUGCUGACAUACCGAAAGAAGAUAAGAUAAUGUUUUCAGUACAGAAAGGAAUGCAAUUUAUGCGUAACAAUAUUCAUAAUUGUGGUAAUCGACUGGGUCUAUAAAUCAUUCGUUUCACAGUACGCACAAUGCUACGUGCUACAGUUAAUCAAACGGCUCGCAAAUUUAGCGGUAAUGCAUGUUCCUCGAUAAGAUGCAAGCGACUAGAAGGAAAAGUUGCGGUUGUAACAGCAUCGACGGAUGGUAUAGGAUUCUCCAUAGCAAGACGUUUAGCACAGGAAGGUGCUAAAGUAAUGAUUAGCAGUCGCAAGGAAUUGAAUGUAAAAAAUGCAGUGGAAAAACUUCAGUCUGAAGGAUUAGAAGUUACAGGUACUGUUUGCCAUGUAGGAAAGACAGCAGAUAGGAGAAAUUUAUUUGAAAAAGUCAAAGCAGAUUUUGGAGGUUUAGAUAUUUUAGUGUCUAAUGCAGCUGUUAAUCCCUCAGUUGGAAUGGUACUAGAUAGUGCAGAAGAAGUCUGGGAUAAAGUUUUUGAUAUUAAUGUGAAAAGCACAUAUUUGCUCAUGAAGGAAUCCAUGCCAUUGCUUAAGCAGAGUAAAUCACCAUCUAUUAUUAUUGUAUCUUCAAUUGCAGGAUAUCAACCUUUCAAUCUAUUAGGUAUAUAUUCAAUAAGCAAAACUGCUUUACUUGGACUGUGUAAAGCUACUGCAGAUGAACUUGCGCGCGAUGGAAUUCGCGUAAAUUGUAUUGCACCAGGAAUCAUAAAGACUCAAUUUUCACGUUCGUUGUAUGAAUCAGAAGAAACACACGACAUUGCUGUAUCAAUGAUUAGUAUGAGAAGACUUGGACUGCCAGACGAAAUUGGAGGCACAGCUGCAUUUUUAGCCAGUGAUGAUGCAUCUUACAUAACUGGUGAAGUCGUAGUGGUAUCUGGUGGAAUGAAAUCUAGACUUUAAGUUUUUUUACACUACUAUAAAGAUUACAUGGCUAUUUUAACUCUUCAACAUAAAUGUCUAGGCAUUUGGUAUAAUAAAGUGUUGUUAAUUUUAUAAUUUAUAA